UGUGGGCCAGUUUGGUGACACACACUCUCCCUAGCUGACUGGCUUGCUCUCUCGUGGGGACACAGAGGUCGUCAGUCAACACACACAGAAGGACACAUGGGCAGAUGCUCCCCGCAGCCCAAGGCCCUGCUGUCCUGUGUCCUCUCCUGGCUGCUCUGAGGCUGCUCCUGUAGUCUCCUGCCUUCAUAGCUCCUGCCUUUCUGACUCUGCCUCCCUGUCUCAAGCUGUCCUUCCCCAACCCCACAUAGGCAGUAGCCUUCAGCAGGAGCCAUCAUGAAAAGGCUGAUUGUGGUACUGGCUCUGGUUGCUACAGCCUGGUCAGAGGAGCAGGAUAAGGUGGUGCAUGGGGGACCCUGUGAUAAUGCUCACCCCUACCAAGCUGCCCUCUACACCUCGGGCCACUUGCUGUGCGGCGGGGUCCUUAUCCACCCACUGUGGGUCCUCACAGCCGCCCACUGCAAAAAACCGAAUCUUCAAGUCUACCUGGGAAAGCACAACCUUCAGCAAAGGGAGAGUUCCCAGGAGCAGAGCUCUGUGGUCCGGGCUGUGAUCCACCCUGGCUAUGAUGCCGCCACCCAUGAUCAGGACAUCAUGCUGUUGCGCCUGGCACAUCGGGCCAAACUCUCUGAACACAUCCAGCCCCUUCUCCUGGAAAGUGACUGCUCUGCCAACCACACCAGCUGCCACAUCCUGGGGUGGGGCAAGACAGCAGAUGGUGACUUCCCUGACACCAUUCAGUGUGCAUACAUCCACCUGGUGCCCCGUGAAGAGUGUGAGCUUGCCUACCCCGGGCAGAUCACGCAAAACAUGUUGUGCGCCGGAGAUGAGAAGUAUGGAAAGGAUUCCUGCCAGGGUGAUUCCGGGGGUCCACUGGUAUGUGGAGACCGCCUCCGAGGCAUUGUAUCAUGGGGUAAUGUCCCCUGUGGUUCAAAGGAGAAGCCAGGAGUCUACACCAAUGUCUGUAGAUACAACAAUUGGAUCAGAAAAACCAUUCAGGCCAACUGACCCUGACAUGUGACAUCCAACUCUUGGCCUAUGACCCCUCUGGCUGGCUCCAGAACACCCCCCCACCAAGACUUUGCCUUCCGUCCCCACCUGCCCAGAUCUGACCCUGAUGCAUAUUAAAGGCAGUGACAUAGAGCACAAACUCCCAGAUCUCACCCCAGCUUUAUCCUCACAUGAUGAGGUGAAUGAGGGGUUACUGCAGACUGGGCCAAGGUUUUCCUUCACCACUAAGAGAAUACAGGAAAAUCCCUUCCAAGCAUCUCCCCUCCCUGAUUAUUCGAUGGGUUUGGUUUCUUCAUCUAGAUGAAAGUCUGCAAGUCUGGAAUCCCAGCUCUGCCACUUACUAUCCAUAUAGCCUUAGGAAGUGAUUUCCUUCACUGUGUAGGUUUUCUCAUCUAUAAAAUUAGGAUAGUGAUAAUAUAUUAUAUUCCUCAUAAGGUGAAAGGGUUUGGGCAUGAGGAAUGUAGAGGCUUAACACAAAGUCUGUGUCGGGGACAGAGGAACUCAGUGAGGAGCCCUCCUGAGCAAACCUUGGUCAGUAUUUAUCAUCAUGAAGCAGGAAAACUUAGUUAAAAGUUACUUAUCAGACAUCAAUACUAAAAAGGGGGAACAUAGAAAGUGUCAGACGGAAUGUCCCCAACUUGUUUUUGCAAAAUCUCAGACCUUAAGCAAGACCUCUGCCUCCAGCAUAAGAGAUCUCUGGAAUCUAAAGAAGCUUUCCGUAAGCAUUAGGCCUGGUAUCGCCACACCUCAAUGUAUAUUCUCUCUUCAAGGCCAGUUUUCUGACCUGCAUGUACACAAUUCACUUGCUAUUCUCCUGAUUCUUUACAAAUCUUAUGCUAAAGAUCAGGGCACAAUUUUCCCCGCAAUAAGGCAGCGGUUGUUGCAAGACUCAAGGUUUCAAAUAUGUGAAAUACAUGGAAUGGCGCCUGGCUCACCAUGUUCUCAAUAAAGAGUGAAUUUUAUUAUGA